GCACACACACACACACACACACACACACACAAUUUCUCUCCAUGUGCUUCUAGGAGCUCAUCAGCAGUCUUAAGAAGCAGAUACUCCCAGACCUAGCUAUGGCCUUUGAGGAACUUCUACAACAGGUUGGUGACUCUGGAAGGUUUCAGAUUUUCACUGCUGUUCUUUUACUAUUGUUAAACAUGCUGUCAGCCCAGCAUGACUUCAUGGAAAACUUUACAGCAGCCAUCCCUGCUCACCAUUGCUCUGUCCGCCUCCUCGAUCUCAAAUCAAAGUCCAACAUCACCACAAAUCUGACUACGGAAGUUCUGCUGAGGCUCUCCAUACCCCUGGACCCAAACCAGAAGCCUGAGCAGUGUCGUCGCUUCCACCAGACCCAGUGGCAACUCCUAAGUCCCAAUGUGUCAGCCGUGAAUAACACCGACCUGGAGACAGAGCCAUGCCUGGAUGGAUGGACCUAUGACCAAAGUGUCUUCACUUCAACCAUAGUUACUGAGUGGGACUUGGUAUGCGAUUUUCAAUCAUUCAAAUACUUUGCACAGACCAUCUCCCUAGCAGGGCAUUUGGUGGGCAAUCCUAUAUCUGGCAUCUUUGGUGACAAGUUUGGACGGAAACCAUUGUUGGUUGCUGCUGGCUUAAGUUUUGGAAUUCUGGGCUUCGCCUGUGCAUUUGCACCCUCCUUCUCUUUUUACUGCCUUUUGAGAUUCCUGAUGUCUGCCUGCUUGAGUGCCUUACAAAACAGUAGCUUGGCCCUUCUUUUAGAAAAUACUUCACAAAAAUGGUUUCCUAUAAUUGUAACAAUGAAAGGAUUAUCUUUGAGUGCUAACCAAGCAUUACUUGCCGGACUGGCUUACUUUUUCCGAGACUGGCACAAGCUCCAACUGGCCAACACCUUGCCCUACUUCAUUGUGUCUUUGUUUGUCUGUUGUGUCUCAGAAUCAGUUCCCUGGCUCAUGACAACUGGGAAAACAGAACAUGCCUUAAGAGAACUACAAAGAAUUGCCAGAAUCAAUGGGAAGAAAGAUGUUGCACAAAGUCUGACUACAAUGGUGGUAAGAUCCAAAAGGAAGAAAGAAUUGAAUGAAACAAGAAGUCACUCCAGAAUAACAGAGGUUAUUGUUAAUCCCACAGUGGUUAGGACAGCAAUAUUUGUAUCCAGUUUGAUGUUUUCAGGAACUUUCUGCUCUUAUGGCCUCUUGCUGGACAUUCAGGCUUUUGGAAAGGACAUCUUCCUGACCCAGUUUCUACUCGCAGCAGCGGACACACCCAGCAAAUUGUUCACAUGUUUUAUAAUAAGACAUGUCAAACGGCGCCCUUCUGUAGCUUUUUUACUUUUUAUGAUGGGAGGUUCUAUUAUGGUCACCAUAUUUGUGCCUAAAGAGAUGCACAUUCUGCGCCUUAUUAUUUUUCUCUUUGAGAAAGCUUCCUAUUCAACCUUCAUUUCAUUAUGUACAGCUUUUAUUUCUGAGCUGUCACCAACAGUACUCAGGUCAACUCUACAAGGCUUUUAUAUGUUUUCUUUCAAAUUAGCAGCAACUUGUGCUGCUUUAGCGCUUGUAACUAGAAAAUAUUUUGUCCAUCUUCCCAUGAUUCUCUAUGUGGUCACUCCCAUGGUAGCCUCAAUAAGCCUCUACUUUCUCCCAGAGACCUAUAAUCUUCCACUUCCCAACACCAUCAAGGACCUGGAGAAAAGGGACAGAUUCUGGAUCAAGAGCAAUAGAAAAAAACAAAGUAAAGAGCUUUUGGAAACUACUGAGGUCUAAGGAGUGUAAGAGUACUUACCGAGUUGACAAUCUGGCCAUAUUUUUACAUAAUUUUGCCAAUUCUAAUCUCUUUUAUAGCCUACAUCUUUGGUUUGAUGAAUAUUCACAAACUUACUUAUUAAAGAAAUGAGUUGCAAAGGAACUCUUUCAAUGAAAAAAACUAUAAUAUGGACUUGAAAAUGAACUUGAUAAAUAGGAAUAUAAACUUAGUACCAUUUCCUAAAUCACACAAUAUAAAAGGUUCUGAAGUUAUACAAGCCUUGCCUAAAUUAUUUAAAGCCUGAUAUAUCCUGAAUUAUUGUUAAAGAACCUUGGCCAAAUGUAUCUAAACUAUUUUAAAUGUUAUUUCUUUAUAAUCUUAAUAGAAAUACUAGGAAUACAUUUUUCUAAUUAUAGAAUAACACGAGAUUACAAUGAGAUUCUACAUACAUAUGUACAUAUACCUACAUGUAUAUAUGGCACACAAUUCAUAAUAUGGAUUAUAUGAUCUUCCUAAUAUGGAAAACAAUGGAUUCUAAAAUCUACAUGGUCUAGAAAUUUAGCUACAGAAUGGCUACAUUAUUGCCAAGCUUGCUGAGUUGUCUGAGAAUGUGGUAAGGUUAGAGUUUUGAAGGUAUUUUCCCCAGGUACAUUUUAUAGGGAAAAUUUCUCUUCUUCGUGCAAACUUCAUUUCAAUUCAUCUUUGAAUCAACAUUUUAUAAUGAUAGGAAAGGAACUUGGUGGUAUGUAGAAUGAGCCACAGCUUGAAAUGACCCAGAACUGAAAGGACUUUUAUAUCCUUAAUUAGGAUGUGAUGAAGCCUAAAGGAUCCUGUCUGCUUUCUCCCAUUCGCCCCUCCAUUGAAGAGAACGCAGAUAUGCUUUACAUGAUAUGUAAUAUUUAUUACGAUUUACACACAAGUUUAGAGUACAUGAAAUGAUUUUGAAAACAAAAUAACUAACUUUGAGAGACUUCUAUGUGAAAAUAAGUUUUCAUAUAUAUAUAUACAUAUAAUAUAUAUCCAAAUAAAUAUUGUUCAUGUCAUCUUCACAAUAACUGAAAUAGUUAUUAUCUCAUUAUGUAGAAACUCAGUAUGUCAAUAGUUGUGCUAGGAUAACAAUAAAAAUCAGGCAUUGCCUUUCAAAGACCAUGAUAUGAAAUGAUCCUACUUUAGCCAAUAAAAAAUGAAAAUGGUAAUGUGCUAAACUAUGAGGAGCAGGAAAAAAAAAAAAAACAGAAGAAACAGUCUUGAGAAUUCACUCUUAAUCAAAUCUUUGAAUCUCUUCAAUAGAUUCUACUCAAUGUUUUGCACAGUCAUCGUCUUUAUGUUCUUAAAGAUACAAAACAGUCAUGUACCUCCUCUUUGGAAUAUGAAUUUGGGUCACAUUUAUGUGAGAGCAAAAAAUAGGUGGAUACACCUAUACCUAAGAAACACACAAAAUACUGCAAGUUUAUCAUUCUCUUUUCUUAGUCUUUGAUAUCAUGUACAGGCUGGAAAUUGUGUCUGCUGAAUCAUGACAUCAUGAUUCAUGCACAUUCAAUUACUCCACUGACACUACCUUUAGCCACUGUGGUUGAAGUGAAAACACCGUGGUCACAGGGCUACGUCUUGUUCAGUGUCAUUCAUGGCGGACAAAUGCGGAUUUUAAGAAUUGUCACUGGGUCUGGCGGAACUGAUGACACUGUUCAGGCUCGGGCCCGAGUCCCUUGGGAUGGAGACCCUCAGCAGAGAUGCAGAGAUGGUGAUCCUGGAACUCAAUUUGGGAUGGGCAAGGAGGCAGAAGAGCAGCGGUGAGCAGGAAUGGCUGCUGUAAAGUUCUCCAUGAAGUCACACAGGGUGGACAGCAUAUUCAAAAAUACUGAAAGGAGAAUGGAUAGUCAAAACCUGAAGUCGUCCAUGGUCACCCACGUGUUGAAGUUCCUCAUGGGUCAUGGGCAGGCCUAGGAGAAUCAGCUGUACAAUGAUAGACAUUCCAGGCUUGAAAUGUCAAAGUAGCCAACAGCAAGAUUACUGAUUUCAAAUGUAUUUCUGAAUUAGAAAGUAUAGAAUGUGAAGCACGCCUAUAACAUUUCUUCAACUUACAAGUUUGCUUUCUGUCUCUUCUUACCGAAGUGCUAUAAACCACUUGGAUUAUUUUCACAACAUGAAGGGGGAAAAGUGACUUCGUGACAGUGACAAAAUUAAAGACACCUGUAAAGGAAAAAAAAAAUGCCCUGGUCAGGCAGCUGUACGAAUUCAUCCCAUCUUUAGAAAUCAGAGUUAUCAUGCAGCACAAUGUAUUCAACUCUGCUUCCUGGGAUUUGUUUAUGCAAGACACUAAUUGCAAGUUUCAAGUUAUACAAUAUGAUUGUGUAAUGCUUUUACCAUGUAAUGAUUACCAUUGUGUAAUGAUUACCAUGAUUAAAUUAAUUAACAUCUAUCACCAA